AUGCUGGACACAUUACGCGUGAAGAGACUACAUGGAGACUGGGAGGCGGCAUCCAGGCUGCGCCACAGCGCGUUGCUAUUGCUAUCGGAGGCUACGCGACGAUACUCUAUGCCCCGUGCCCGAUUCGACAUCAACAACGUCACGGACGACACCUGUCUGCUGUUCUACCGCUUCACCCAACGCCAUCUACGCCGUUUACAAGCUUCAUUUCAGCUGCCGGCCGGUCUCGAAGGACUCUGCAUCACCCUACACAGACCUUGCUACCCAACGCGAUGGAUGGAGAUGUCAGGUAUUUACGGCCGGUGGCCCAGCGCUCUAAGUAGUAUUUUCUACUUUGUGAUCGAUUUUAUUAGCGAGAGAUGCAGCAGGUUGCUCAAGGGGAAUUUAGAUUAUGUGAGCUCUAGAUUGCAUGAGUUUAGCCAAGCUAUCUACGACCAAGGCGCUGAGUUGGACCGUAUUUGGGGGUUCGUGGACGGAACCGUUAGGGGCAUUUGCAGGCCAGGAGGGGCUCGGGAGCAGCAAUGUGUGUACAGUGGUCACAAACGCAAGCAUGCGCUCAAGUUCCAGACCGUCGCUACUCCAGACGGCAUGAUCUUCCACCUACACGGGCCGGCUGAAGGCCGAAGACACGACAUCCUACUGCUGCGAGAGUCCGGACUGGAGGAACGAGUCCGCCGCGACGGGAGAUUUCAAGACUACUUUGUCUACGGGGACCAAGCGUACGGCCGUACCGAUGUGUUUGUAUCGCCUUUUAAAGGAUCAAGUUUAACGCCCGCUCAAGCUGCAAUAAAUGCCUCCAUGUCGAAGGUCAGGACGUCCGUGGAAUGGCCGUACGGCCAGGUUGUCAACUAG